CUGACAAAUUGCACAAGACGACGACAAAUGGAUGGAGCGUUGAGCCAAAUCGGGAGGUUGACUGGCCUUUACUCGAGUCAAGACGACCCCCGUCGAGAUCGGACCGCCGCAAAAGAGUGAGCCAACGGCGAAGGAUCCUUCUUCCCCAUCGAGAUCGGACCUCCGCCUCCUCGCCGGCGAGCGAUAAGCUUCCGGGAGUCCUGCGGCGUUUGAGUUAUGGCGCCGCGGCGAAAGAAAUGGACGGAGGAGGAGGAGCGCUCCCUCCUCAAGAAGUACGCCGGGAUGGUGGCGGAUGGCUCCCUUUCCUGCCUUCGCAGCAGGGAGCGCCGCUUCCGCCUUGUCGCGGCCCAUGUCAACGCAGCCCACCACGCCGUCAACCCCUCUGCCUAUCCCUUCCUCUGGACCUGGAAGGACGCCGCCACCAAGGUCCACAACAUGCGGCAUCAGUACCUUCUCGCCAAACGCAAGUUGCUGGCCCUCGACCCGCCGCGCUCCGCCUCUGUGGAUGUGGCCGAGCAGCGAGGGGUCUCCCACUGGCCCAAUUUCCUCCUCUACCGUUCCGUCUUCGGCGACGCACGCUUGCCCGAUCCAGCCCCCGGAGGGGCCUUCGACAACGACGGCGAACUCGGGUUGGGGCUUGGAUUCGACUCCAAGCCUGAAGGCGGAGACGAAGGAGCCGAUCAGGAGGUCGAGGAGGAGGACGAAGGUUUCGAUUUCAAUGAAGUGGUACCCAUCGCGGCGGAGCCGCCACCGGCUACGGAUAUGAGUAGUAUGAAGGCGAGAAACGCAACGCGGGCCGAGAUGCGGCUAAGGGAGUGGGAGGCGAGGAUGGAGGAAAGGGAUGCGGAGCGGGAGAGAGCGAGGAAGGAAAGGGAGAAAGCGGCGUUGGAAGCGGAAGAGGAGAGGGAGCAGAGGAGGAGGCAGGCACGUCAUCAGUGGAUGGAGGAGGAGCUGGAGUGGGAGGAGCGGAUGGAUGGAAGGAGGCAAGAGUGGAAGAAGCGGGUGGAAGGGAUGCUUAGUGAGCACAGAGCCGAGAUAGAGGGGAUUCAAGCAAGGAUCCUUCACGAGCAGCAGAGUCUGAUAGGGCAGCUCCUCGGAGUGCUGUCACAGUGGCCUCCUAGCCCUGUGUUUGGGGGGCUCUCAGAUGGUGGUGGCAGUAGCACAGCACUGGGAAAUCACCAUCAGCUGGCACACAGCCAUCCAGUUCCCUAUCUGUCUCAGAUGAUACAGGGGCUUCACCACGUGACCGGAAUUGUUCAAGGAGAGCAACGGGCUGGUGGAGAUGGACCCGAUGAUCACUUUAUGGUUGAUGAUUGACUUCUUCGAUCUAGAUUAAGGAUUGCAAUAGAGAAUUCUGAUGUCAGAUGUUCUUCAGAAUCAAUAGAGAAUUCUGAUAUCAGUGUCUAUUAGGCAGGCAUCUGCCAUGGUCAUUCUUUCAUUUCUAAGCUGUAAGGGUUUUCUAGUAACUCAGUUGUUGCAUUGAUGCCAUUGUUGCAAGGGAAGAAUGACCAGCUUGGAACAACUGGAAACCCCUUCAAAUGCCCGUGUGGAAUAUCUGGGUGGUUAGACAACCAUUUGUUGUUGGCCUUUUAGAACUUGGAAAUAUCCACGUGAGUGAGAAAUUGUUCGACCUAAUCUGGAAUUGAAAUUCAUAUGAAACUUAUGGAAUGUGGUUUCAUGCUUAGCAAAGGAAGUAGCAUUGUAGGCUUUUGUAAGUUGAAGAUUGUUUAUUUAUAUGAAAGUAGAUACCAAUCGAUUACACUUUCACAUUGGCAAUCCAGUAAGGAUGGGAAAAUGAACAAUAAAUUGCCUUUUAUCUAAUUAUAUAAUAAAUAAUCUUUUUGAAACGAAAGGAGGAAGGAAUCCUUUGGUGGCCACGACCAGCCAAGUGAGUUUGAGAUUGUGGCUGCAAUGCUGUGAACACACGACAACCGCAGAGAGGUCAGUUGCAACAGCCGUGUCGCAAGUUCAUGACCUCUCCAUGGCUGGACGGAUUUGGAAUAUGUCUGUCUAUUAUUUUUUCAAUAGAUUAAAUGGAGCAAAGUAUCUUGAUUCUCAUGCAAUCCAUCUUUUCUCUAAUCUGCACUUCCGAGUAAACAAUAAACAAAGCAUUAAUGUCACAUAAACACACGCGCAUGCGCGCGCGCACACACAAGAAGUGAUGGUUUACAUUUGAGUUGUGGUUGACUAAUGGCUUUAUUUGAGAUUCUUAGUAAGUCAUAACCAUCUUUCGGUUACAUUUUUUCUUCUAACUUAGAUAAAUUGUCUUUUCUUGCUAAAGGAAGUUGAUGAUUAUGUAAGUAUAUGAUCCAUUGGUAGUGAGUAUGGUUCUUGCGCCAAGGAGAAGGGCAUUUGAAAGAGUUCUAGUUGAACAUGAAAUUGGUCCUACUUGGUCAUUGUGAAACCUAAUUUGCUUGAAAACUUAAGUUGCAGUUUCCAUUCUAAUACCAUCAAGUCUAAUCAUUGUAUAUCCUUCCUGAAAAGAUUAAGCUGAUGGGUUGGAUAAACAUUAAUAUUAUUGUUGUUGUAAUUAAAUCUUUCAUGUUUUUUCUUCAUG